UGGCAGCCCUAUGGCUGUAUGAUGCACAAAUACAAAAACAUGUGAGUCACACCCAUGAGGGGAAUAUGUAAUGUGCGUGUGUAAAAUUUUAGAUGGCAUCUUUAACCAAGCCGACAACCCCACAAUUGCAAAAAAACACAUUUCAGUUGUUACUAUGUGCAAGUGAUUCACUAGGUUAUUUUUACCCCCACAGGGAAGCAAAGACUUGCCUUGCUGAGAAAAGGGUGGCAUUCGUUGGUGAUUCCAGAAUACGGCAGCUAUUCUAUUCAUACAUUCAAAUAAUCGAUCCUGCACAAAGAGAGGAUGGAAGAAAGGUAGGCUUAGUCCCCCUGGCAUAAAGCACACAUUAAUCCCACCAUGAAUCUGUGAGCUUUGGGCUGAAUCCUAAUUUGAGGUCUCUGCCCGUGACUCAUUUUCCCACAAGGCUCCCAUUGACAUCAAUACAUGAUUGCUCAAAGGUCUGAGUUAAGUUGGGGUUCAGCCCUAAGUGCAUAUAAACAAUUUAUAUUCCUGAAAUGGGAUAGGCAAUUGCUGCACUCUCAGUCAUGACAGCAAUGGUCUAAUCUUGGAUAGAGGGACAUUGACUGUUUUAUCCCCUGUUGUGAUGUCUGUCCACCAGCACAAUAACAUUCCCUUUGAAGAUCGGAGCGCUUCAGUCAAUGUGGUGAGCUAUUUAUGUAUCUCUCUGUGUCUGUCAGUCAACAAUAGCAAUGUAAAAGCCAAACAUUUAUUUUUUAAAUUUCACUCUGUAGAUUCGCCUCUAUAAAAAAUUUUUUAGUUCAAGGCCAAUGGCAUGUAUUUUAAUUUUUGGGAUUGUCCCAAUAAGAGCGAUUGUUUCCUGUUUUGCUGAUAGGACUUCCUGUGGUAUGCAGAAGUGAAUAACUCUCUGAAGGAGCGCUUGAUAUCAUGGAGGGAGGUAAAGAGAAGCACAUUUAACCAGUAGACCUGGGGUGUAUUCAUUAGAGCACAUGUUGCUAAGCGUUUUGCACUGAAAAACGCUUAGUAAUGAAAAUUAGCAUUUCUUAUUGGGCAGGUUUAGGUUUGUCCCUCAUUUUUCUGGCCCGUUUCCUUGUGAAUACACCCCUGGGUUUGUCAGGAGAAAUCAGCGUUCAGUCAAAUCUGCCAUAGAUUUCUUUUAUUUAAUGUCUAAUCUGAAUCACAUCUUUGUUUACUCAACGUCUGUCCUCAAGUGAAAGUGUAUACUUGUGUGAGGGUACUGGACCUGUGAUUUUUAACAAUGCAUUUUUUGUUUGACUAUGCAAUAUGUAAAUAAAAUGGGUAUAUUUAAGUGCUGCUGUAUAAAUAUUGUGAUGUAUGUAGGUUUGAUUGAUUUGAGCCCGUAGAAGAGCACUCCGCAUUUGGCUAUUUAUGUUUCCCAUAAACAGAUAGUUUACUGCCAUAUUAAGGUCAUUCAAAGAACUGCAAGAUUUAAUAGGAUUUAUUGACUGUUGUAGGAUCCUUCCAUAAAACCCGAUGUCGUCAUCAUCGGAGCUGCCACUGUGAGUGAAGGAUGCUCGUCUUCCACUCUGUAUAUCACUGAUUUAUCACAUCCUCCUGCAUAGUUUAGAUUAAUUUCAUAAUUGAAAUCUCAAUCUUUCCCACAGUGGUCCAUCAAGUUGCGUGGUGGCAGCAGCGAGGCGCUGCAGCAGUACAGAGCCAACCUCACAGCCAUCUCCUUACCUCUGGAACAGCUGGCUGAGGACGGGGAGGUCUACUGGGUCUUACAGGGUUGGUGCUUGACUGUUCAUUCACUAGUCAGAGAAAUUAUGAGUGUUUUUAAAGUGAGAAAUUUAUAUUGAUUAAGCAGCUCUCUCUCUCUCUCCUCCAGACCCUGUCCAUGAGGAGGGUCUAAGUGACAACAGGAAGAUGAUCACUAACGAGCAGCUGGAGCUGUACAAUGAGGUGGCGCUCAGCACUCUGAACAGCAACAGGAAGAAUGCCAAGGCCAGAGUCAGGUUCCUGGGCGCCUUGCGCCAGGCUGCCAUGGAAACCAUCACCCAAUCAGCUGACGGCCUGCACCUUCCCGAGAGCACCCGGAACGUGGUAGGUGUUUCAGGUGGUCUGUCUGGCCUGGCACCUCUUCUUGCAUCUGUGUGAUUCAAAUAACAGCUGGCUUAAGGCUAAAAUGAAAACAUAAAUAAAAGAUGUAUGGUUUGAACCAGUUUUGUGCUGAAAAACCAUAAGUCUCUAUGACUCCAAACCAGCACCUUGUCAAAUAACACUGUCUAUCCCUUAUAACUUGGACUUUCAUUCAUUGAACAUUUGACAGCCUCCAUGUGCACCUGUAUUUGCCAAGUUAGUAUACUGAACAAAAAUAUAAAUGCAACAAUUUCAAAGAAUUUACUGAGUUACAGUUUAUAUAAGGAAAUCAGUCAAUUGAAAUAAAUACAAAACAGCACAUUUUAGAGUGGCUUUUAUUUUCCCCAGCACAAGGUGCACCUGUGUGAUGAUGAUGAUGAUGAUGAUAAUAAUAAUAUGCCAUUUAGCAGACGCUUUUAUCCAAAGCGACUUACAGUCAUGCGUGCAUACAUUUUUUGUGUAUGGGUGGUCCCGGGGAUCGAACCCACUACCUUGGCGUUACAAGCGCCGUGCUCUACCAGCUGAGCUACAGAGUGCUGUUUAAUCAGCUUCUUGAUAUACCACACCUGUCAGGUGGAUGGAUUAUCUUGGCAAAUGAGGAAUGCUCAAUAACACGGAUCUAAACCGAUUUGUGCACAACAUUUGAGAGAAAUAAGCUUUUUGUGCGUAUGGGACAUUAUUGGGAUUUUUUUUAUUUAUUUCAGCUCCUGGAACUUGGGACCAACACUUUAUAUUUUUGUUCAGUGUAGAUUAGUGUGCUCAACUUUAUAGAAACAGACUUUUUGAGGACAAGGUUCAAAGUACAUACAACAACACCUUAAGACUGUGAUAACCUGCGAGUCUGUUACAUCACGAGCCGCAUGUGGCUAGCGCGAUCAUGAUAACCUGCUCCAGGGUGAAUUUUCCCCUAGGUACAGAUCUAGGAUCAGCUUUCCAUCCCAACAUCCUUAACCAUUAGUGGGAAAAAUGCAAAACUGACCCAAAAUCUGCGUCUAGGGGCAACUUCACCCUACACCUGGUAAACCUAACUUAUACCCUUCAUCCGGUGCCAGGAAAAGGCUUGCACUGUGCUGGAGUCUUCCGCUCUAUAAUCCCCCUCUAUCCUCCACCAGGGUGCCAUGAUCCUGAUGAACGCUGUGUGUAACAAGGUCCUGCGGCCCAUCGACGGCUCCUGCUGCCAGUCCCUGCCGGCCCCCAGCCUCCUCCAGAAACUGACAGCCUGCAUCUUCCUGGGCUCAGCCCUGGUCUUCCUGGUGCUCCAUGCUCUGGGCCACAACAGGUACACCAGUGGAGGCUGGUGGAGGACAGGCUCAUUGUAAUGGCUGAAAUGGAAUAAAUGGAACGGCGUCAAAUGUGAUUUCCAUAUGUUUGACGCGCUUGAUACCGUUCCCUUUUUUUCCAUUCCAGCCAUUACAAUGAGCCCGUCCUCCUAUAGCUCCUCCCACCACCCUCCUCUGAGGUACACGCUCCCCUGUGGCUGUCGGUUAGAGCGUAGCGCUAGCAACACCAAGGUGGUUGGUUCGAUCCCCACUGGGGCCACAUAUACUGAUGCAUGUACCUGGACUAUUUUGUGUUUUCAGAGCUCCCUUGUAAAAGAGACCUGGAUCUCAAUGUGACCUCAUUUAUAUACAUAAAGGUUAAAUUAAAAAUUAACUGUACUGUAAGUCGCUUCGGAUAAAAGCAUUUUGCUUAGUGUCAUGUAAACAAAUUAACAGGCACUGGAAGUCCCGGCCCACGCCCCCCGACGUGGAGAGCGGCGAGGAGAAGAAGCCGGCCACGGCAGCGUCUUUGCUCAGCCACGAGGCUCCGUUCCAGGCCGUGUGUAAGAUGGGCCUCAUCAUGGUCUACUUCUACCUGUGUGACCGGGCCGACGUCUUCAUGAAGGAGCAGAAGUUCUACACACACUCCACCUUCUUCGUCCCACUCAUCUAUAUGUUUGUUCUGGGGAUCUUCUACAGCGAGAACAGCAAGGAGGUGAGAGGGUUUGGGAUGGAAUGUUUAAGGGAGUGUUAAAAAAGUGAGGUUUUGGGAGUUGCUUUUGGUGAGUGUAAGCAUAGGCUUACAUGAAUUCAGAGACCUUUCUGUUUUGAGGAUUUCAAGUUGUUGUCAUUGACUGCUAACCUCAAUCGUCCAUGUCUGACCUGAGAGAAGGCUCUAUCCUCUAUCUCAGUGAUUUUCUAUUUCCCACGCAGACCAAGCUGCUGAACAGAGAGCAGACCGACGAGUGGAAGGGCUGGAUGCAGCUGGUCAUCCUCAUCUAUCACAUAUCUGGAGCCAGCGCCGUGAGUUGCACUAUUCACUGUCUGUCAUUUAUUGCUUUGAAUGUAAAUAUAAACUAAAUGACCAUAUUAUAAUUACUGCAAUGUGUGACAAGUAAAGUAAAAGUGAAGGGGUGUGGGUUUUAAGUCAACCUUCCUUCCCAGUUCAUCCCCGUAUACAUGCAUAUCCGUGUCCUGGUGGCAGCCUACCUCUUCCAGACAGGAUACGGACACUUCUCCUUCUUCUGGCUCAAAGGGGACUUUGGACUCUACAGAGUGUGCCAGGUGAUUCCAGCUGCUAUAUCUAUUCUAAGAGACAAAACAGAACACAAAAUGCACAAGUGCUGACAUGUAGUGCCAUAGAACAAUUAACUUUGAAUCAAAUACCAAAACAUGAAAGCAACAUGGAUAGUUAGCAACAACUGUAUCCAUCACAUAUUGAUAAAGAAACCCUUGUACAAACAAUGAGAAUAGAAAGGUUCAGAACUUUUGUAAGACAUCACAGUUAAAAUAUAUAUGGCAAAGAGAAAUCUUAUAUGGAUGGUGUUAAAAGAUCGAUGGGAGGUGUUGAAUGGAAUUGAAGGAUGGGACUAAUAACAACAACAAACAAUAACAAGAUAACUAAUAAUGUAGGCACGCUGUGUCCAUAAUAAGUGUAUGGGUUGUAGGUUGGGAGCUUUUGUGAAGGAGCACAGUUAGAAAGAUAUGGCAUAUAGAAGCAAACCUGAUGGACAUCAUGAAAAUGAUCGGAGAGGUUGAGACUAGAAGUUCAGGAGAAAGAACAAACAAAAUAUAAUUAUUGUAAAAUUGACUGUGUCCAUAAAAUGUAGAUAGUGGGUAUGGGCUGGAAGUAGAGGCCUAGGCGUUGUUGUUCACUAGUUUACACCAAGUGGGGAAAGGGUGGCGGGGUUGGAAAGUAUAUAUAUAUAUAUAUAUUGGCUUUAAUAUUUAUUUAAAAAACAUGGGGGAUUGGAAGUGAUGCAGACAAUUAAUUACAUUGAUGGAAGUUACUAUCUAUCUGCAAUAAGCUGAUCUACCCCUAAACACCCCCCCCCCCCUCCAGUAUAACGUUCCUCAAGUCACCCUCUGUGUAAUCUUCAAUUAUAAACUGGGUGGUUUGAGCCCUAAAUGCUGAUAUACCACUGGUAUGACAAAACAUUCGUUUUUACUCUUCUAAUUACAUUGGUAACCAGUUUAUAAUAGCAAUUAGGCACCUCUGGGGAUUGUGGUAUAUGGCCAAUAUACCACGGCUAAGGGCUGUAUCCAGGCGUUGCGUCGUGCUUAAGAACAGCCCUUAGCCAUGGUAUAUUGCCAAUAUACCACACCCCCUCAGGCCUUAAUGCUUAAUUAUAAAAUGGGUUGUCUGGAUGCUGAUUGGUUGAUAUCAGGGAGUUAUAGCACCACAAUCCCCGCAUUCUCUAGGUAAUGCCUGUUAGCAGUUCCAUUUAGAUUUAUCAAUGCACAUCCACUGUCCCACAGCUCAGCUAGUCAAUUUAUAAACUUAAUCUCCCCUGGGAAAAAAGUGUCUAGGCAACACAUUCACAUGCUACUAGGCUAGCAUUUGGUUUGCAACAGUUGGGGUUUGUCUAAACCUUGCUGUCUGCCUCUCCAACCUGUGGAACAAUGUUGCAGUUUUUGCGAUUUCUACCGUGCCAUACAUAUGACUGUGACGAGACUGAAAGCUUCUCUGAGCCAGGCAAAUUCAUUUAUCAGGAUCAUUAUAAUGUAUACAUCCAAAUAAAUGGUAAUAUAAACAAAGCUAAACAAAUGAAAGUACAGUUUGCUGUCAUUUCAGCUGCUUGAUGCGAUUGUGUGUUAGCUUUAGUUGGCUAGCAAGCAAAGGAGAAGUAGCUAUCUUGCAUAGUUACAUGCCAAAGAUGUGUUUAGCAUAGCAACCAUUGCAUAUAGAAUGGGUAGAAUGAACAACCAGCCCAUUUGGUUAGAAACUUCAGACUCUCAGAACUUUUGCCCUGACUAUUUUGUAAGGAAGGAUGAAAUAAAACUAAUUUACUCAGUAUGUUUUUAAUAAACAUUUCGUAAAUAAAAGAAAAUGUUGCAACCGUUUAUUAAAGCAAUAAGGCCUCGGACCCAUGACUUAUCGAGAAUAAGGUGCGUUUCCUGUCCCUUGGCUUCAAACAAAAACUGCACCUAAACAAAAAAAGAAAUGUCAACUGCGUUUUUUUCAUUAAACUUAACGUGUAAAUAUUUGUAUGAACAUAACAAGAUUCUACAACUGGGACAUAAACUGAACAAGUUCUGCAGACAUGUGACUAACAGAAAUUGAAUAAUGUGUCCCUGAACAAAGGGGGGGUCAAAAUCAAAAGUAACAGUCAGUAUCUGGUGUGGCCACCAGCUGCAUUAAGUACUGCAGUGCAUCUCCUCCUCAUGGACUGCACCAGAUUUGCCAGUUCUUGCUGUGAAAUGUUACCAGACAUGCUCAAUGGGAUUGAGAUCCGGGCUCUUCGCUGGCCAUGGCAGAACACUAACAUUCCUGUUUUGCAGGAAAUCACACACAGAACGAGCAGUAUGGCUGGUGGCAUUGUCAUGCUGGAGGGUCAUGUCAGGAUGAGCCUGCAGGAAGGGUACCACAUGAGGGAGGAGGAUGUCUUCCCUGUAACACACAGCGUUGAGAUUGCCUGCAAUGACAACAAGCUCAGUCCGAUGCUGUGACACACCGCCCCAGACCAUGACCGACCCUCCACCUCCAAAUCGAUCCCACUCCAGAGUACAGGCCUCGGUGUAACGCUCAUUCCUUCGACGAUAAACGCGAAUCCAACCAUCACCCCUGGUGAGACAAAACCGCGACUCAUCAGUGAAGAGCACUUUUUGCCAGUCCUGUCUGGUCCAGCGACGGUGGGUUUGUGCCCAUAGGCGACGUUGUUGCCGGUGAUGUCUGGUGAGGACCUGCCUUACUACAAGCCCUCAGUCCAGCCUCUCUCAGCCUAUUGCGGACAGUCUGAGCACUGAUGGAGGGAUUGUGCGUUCCUGGUGUAACUCGGGCAGUUGUUGUUGCCAUCCUGUACCUGUCCCGCAGGUGUGAUGUUCGGAUGUACCAAUCCUGUGCAGGUGUUACACGUGGUCUGCCACUGCGAGGUUGAUCAGCUGUCCAUCCUGUCUCCCUGCAGCGCUGUCUUAGGCGUCUCACAGUACAGACAUUGCAAUUUAUUGCCCUGGCCACAUCUGCAGUCCUCAUGCCUCCUUGCAGCAUGCCUAAGGCAUGUUCACGCAGAUGAGCAGGGACCCUAGGCAUCUUUUGGUGUUUUUCAGAGUCAGUAGAAAGGCCUCUUUAGUGACCUUAAUUGCCUACCGUCUGUAAGCUGUUAGUGUCUUAACGACCGUUCCACAGGUGCGUGUUUGUGGUUCAUUGAACAAGCAUGGGAAACAGUGUUAAAACCCUUUACAAUGAAGAUCUGUGAAGUUAUUUGGAUUUUUACUAAUUAUCUUUGAAAAGGUCUUGAAAAAGGGACGUUUCUCUUUUUGCUGAGUUUAGUUGGGAGUUAUUUACACGAUUAAUUCCUGGGUUCUCAUGCCUUAUUGCUUAAAUGUGAUCACUUCCUGUGUCUGUCCACUCUGGGAGGAAGUUUCCCCUAGGUACAGAUCUAGGAUAAUCCUCCCUUCCCCCAAUCCUAACUUCAACUAUUAGUGGGGAAGAUGCUAAACUGACCCAAGGUCAGCGUUUAGGAGCAACUUCACCCUACUCCUGUCUCUCCACAGGUCCUGUUCCGUCUCAACUUCCUGGUGGUGGUGCUGUGUCUGGUGAUGGACCGGCCUUACCAGUUCUACUACUUUGUGCCUCUGGUCACCUUCUGGUUCGUCAUCAUCUACGCCACCAUGGCCAUGUGGCCCCAGAUACUGCAGAAGAAAGCAAACGGUCAGUAUGGGUCAGCCAAUGUACUGGACAAGUAGCACUAAUUAUAUAAAAUAGGGUUUAAAAGGUAAGAAAUGUAAUGAGCAGUUGUAGUCAGUUAAAGUAGUAGUAGUGAGCUAAGUAUUGUUGAUAAUUCAUAAGUGAUUCAUACUUUUCUGAUUGGUGAUGUUUUAUUUGCGCUUCCCAUGACUGUGUUUUUUGUAUAAUGUGUAUAUUUAUGGUGUGUAGAUAUAGUGUAUUCGGAAAGUGUUCAGACCCCUUUUUCUAAAUUUUAUAACAUUAGAGCAUUAUUCUAAAAUGGAUAAAUAAAUACAAAAUCCUCAAUCUACACACAAUACCCCAUAAUGACAAAGCGAAAACUGGUUUUUAUAAUAUUUUGCAAAUGUAUUACUAAUAAAAAAAUAUACCUUAUGUAAAUAAGUAUUCAGAAACUUUGCUAUGAUAUUACAAAUUGAGCUCAGCUGCAUCCUGUUUCCAUUGAUCAUCCUUCAAUUGGUAAAUUCAAUUGAUUGGACAUGAUUUGGAAAGGCGCACACACCUAUCUAUAUAAGGUCCCACAGGUGGUAUUCUGUGUAGAUUGAUGAGGGAUUUUUUUAAUUUUUAAUCCAUUUUAGAAUAAGGCUAAUGUAACAAUGUGGAAAAAGUCAAGGGGUCUGAAUACUUUCUGAAUGGACUAAUGUAUGUAUAUAUAAACUCAGCAAAAAAAGAAACGUCCCUUUUUCAGGACCCUUUCAAAGAUAAUUUGUAAAAAUCCAAAUAACUUCACAGAUCUUCAUUGUAAAGGGUUUAAACACGGUUUCCCAUGCUUGUUCAAUUAACCAUAAACAAUUAAUGAACAUGCACCUGUGGAACGAUCGUUAAGACACUAACAGCUUACAGACUGUAGGCAAUUAAGGUCACAGUUAUGAAAACUUAGGACACUAAAGAGGCCUUUCUACUGACUCUGAAAAACACCAAAAGAAAGAUGCCCAGGGUCCCUGCUCAUCUGCGUGAACGUGCCUUAGGCAUGCUGCAAGGAGGCAUGAGGACUGCAGAUGUGGCCAGGGCCAUAAAUUGCAAUGUCUGUACUGUGAGACGCCUAAGACAGCGCUGCAGGGAGACAGGACGGACAGCUGAUCGUCAUCGCAGUGGCAGACCACGUGUAACAGCACCCGCACAGGAUCGGUACAGCCGGACAUCACACCUGCGGGACAGGUACAGGAUGGCAACAACAACUGCCCGAGUUACACCAGGAACGCACAAUCCCUCCAUCAGUGCUCAGACUGUCCGCAAUAGGCUGAGAGAGGCUGGACUGAGGGCUUGUAGUAAGGCAGGUCGUCACCAGACAUCACCGUCGCCUAUGGGCACAAACCCACCGUCGCUGGACCAGACAGGACUGGCAAAAAGUGCUCUUCACUGACGAGUCGCGGUUUUGUCUCACCAGGGGUGAUGGUCGGAUUCGCGUUUAUCGUCGAAGGAAUGAGCGUUACACCGAGGCCUGUACUCUGGAGCGGGAUCGAUUUGGAGGUGGAGGGUCCGUCAUGGUCUGGGGCGGUGUGUCACAGCAUCAUCGGAUUGAGCUUGUUGUCAUUGCAGGCAAUCUCAACGCUGUGCGUUACAGGGAAGACAUCAUCCUCCCUCAUGUGGUACCCUUCCUGUAGGCUCAUCCUGACAUGACCCUCCAGCAUGACAAUGCCACCAGCCAUACUGCUCGCUCUGUGCGUGAUUUCUUGCAAGACAGGAAUGUCAGUGUUCUGCCAUGGCCAGCGAAGAGCCCGGAUCUCAAUCCCAUUGAACACGUCUGGGACCUGUUGGAACGGAGGGUGAGGGCUAAGGCCAGAAGUACUGCAGUGCAUCCCCCCCCCAGAAAUGUCCGGGGACUUGAAGGUGCCUUGGUGGCAAGAACUGGCAAAUCUGGUGCAGUCCAAUCGGAGGAGAUGCACUGCAGUACUUAAUGCAGCUGGUGGCCACACCAGAUACUGACUGUUACUUUUGAUUUUGACCCCCCCCCCCCCCCCCCCCCUUUGUUCAGGAACACAUUAUUCAAUUUCUUUUAGUCACAUGUCUGUGGAACUUGUUCAGUUUGUCUCAGUUGUUAAAUCUUCUGUUCAUACAAAUAUUUACACAUUUUGCUGAAAAUUAAUGCAGUUGACAGUGAGACAACGUUUCUUUUUUUGCUGAGUAUGUGUCACGUAUGUAAAAGAGACCUAGGUCUCAAUGUUUCCCCUGUAAAAAAAAUAAUACUAGUGUUGAAUUGUGAAGAAACACUGUCCAGCACAGUGAGUUUAGUCAUUUGUCUUUUUACAGGUAGUGGGAUGUGGCACAUUGGGAUUCUAGGGAAACUGCUUGGGCUACUCCUGUUAAUCUCCUUCUUUACGUAUUCACAGGUGAGUUCAUCCAGUUUAUUCACUCAUUUAGAGACAUUAUCUCUUGAUAUUUCAAAUUAAACGACAAAGUUCAACUGGCAUGGGUCAUUUCAUAAACCGUUUCAGAGUAGGAGUGGUGUUCUUCGAUCAGGCCCCCCCUCCGCCCAUGUAAUAUAAUUCUGAUUUAAUCUAAAAGUCAAAACUGAUCCUAAAUCAGCAGAUGUUUAACUAAUUUACUGUCUCUCUUUUCCAGGGGUUGUUUGAGAACAUUUUCUCAGUAUGGCCCAUCUCCAAGCUUUUUGAGCUGAACGGAAGCAUUCAUGAGUGGUGGUUUAGGUGGAAGCUGGAUCGAUUUGUAAGUAGAUAUUUGAACGUGUUGCGACACUCUUAGGCUACGUUUAGACAGGCAUCCCAAUUCUGAUAUUGUUUUCACUAAUUGGUCUUUUGACCAAUCAGAUCAGCUCUGAAAAAGAUUUGACGUGAUUGGCCAACUGACCAAUUAGUGAGAGAAAAAAAACGUAUCGCGGCCUUUGAGUUGCUCUAUCCUAUUAUAUUUUCAUAUUAAGGUAUCAGAAUAUCAUAUCUCUAAGGAAGUUGCGCCAAAAACUUCUCAACUAGAUUAAUCUAUUGGUCGACGUUUGAUUUUUCAGUUUGAGUGUUUACUGUCUAACCCAUAGAACGAUCUUAGAGUAAGUGGUCAUGUGUGGUUCAGUUAGUAGAGCAGGGCGCCUGAACCGUCAAUAUUUUGUGGGUUGGAUUCCGACUGUGGCCACCAAUACAAAAAUGUAUGCACACAGUACUAAGUUGUUUUGCAUAAAAGCAUCUGCUAAAUGGCUAUUAUUAUUAUAUAAUUAACUGAAUGUGUGUGUUUGACUUUGUGUCUUUCAGGCCAUUAUCCACGGCAUGCUGUUUGCCUUUGUCUACCUGGUGCUGCAGAAGUGCCAGGUCCUCUCCGAGGGGAAAGGAGAGCCUCUCUUCUCCACCAGGAUCUCCAACAUUCUACUCUUCAUCUCUGUGGUGUCAUUCAUGGUAAAAGAGGACAACUUUUGAUGUAUUUAACCAUUCUUAAAGAAAUGCUACACUCACAAACUAUCCUUUAGAAUUUUCUUUAGUCCACUGUUAAAACAAUCCCUAAAUCAUUGUGCAUGUCAGCAGUGAAUAUUUCAAGAUGGAGCACUUUCAGUACAGAGCGGAAACUGAGAUGAUUUAAAAUGUAAAACAUUAUGAUGCGUUUUGCGUCAUAGGAGUGUAGUAUUCCUUUAAACCAGUCAGGUGAGUAUAUCGAUCACCUUUUCUCAUAGUUACCCUCAAUAAAAAAAAAAACAACAACAGUUGAAUAAGUAAACAUUCAUACUCUUGAGGUCAAACAAAUCUCCUAUGGAAGAUAUCUCUUACCUGAUUUACAUUGUUUACCUUGAACAACACUUUCCUAACCACUCCGUGUUUCAUCUGUUCCAGACCUAUUCCAUAUGGGCCAGCAGCUGUAAAAACAAGACUGAGUGCAACGAGAUGCAUCCCUACAUCUCAGGGCUCCAGGUAAAUACAGUAGGAAGUCAGACAUUGCUUCCCAUUGGUCACAGACAAAGCCAUGCUCGCAGUAGUUUUGCCAUACACUGAUUCAAUUUUCCUUAUUUGUCAAGUAGUUUAGUGAACAUCUUUAAACACUUUAUGCACACCUUCGACCUUCUGCUACAAAACAUACUGUAGUUGACAGACAUGGAUUUCACCAAUGUUGACUUGGCCGAAGCUCCGUUAAACAAUAACUAGAGAACACAUCACCUUUGGGUAGGCUAAAUAAUGGCGCCUGUGGCCUAGAGGAUUUAGUUGAAACUAGCAUUUAUCUUAAGAAUAUACUUCCAUUAGUAUCCCCUCUUAGGCUAUGAUAUACCUAGCCCAAAAUGACAAGGGAGUGAGUUGCCUUCUACGACAACAGGAUGGGUGUACUCUACUGUAGCCCAGCCGAAGAAGAAUAAACAAUGUGUCAUGGGCUACACUUCAUCUUUAGAAAACGAAAAAAUGUGAUGUCCACUCACUGUUUUGCUGCUCUCAAACGAAACAGUGAGCCGACGUUCCCUUGUUUCUACGUAUUGGAUAAUUUUGGUCCAGCCCCCGUUAGCAUUGGGAUGUGCUUAAACCCCUCCCUCUGAUACAGUUGAUCUGACAGGCUGGGAUGUCUUUCUUCCUCUCAGAUCCUAGCCUUCAUCUUAAUCAGGAACAUUCCUGGUUACUCCCGCUCUUUAUACAGCUCAUUCUUCGCAUGGUUCGGGAAGUUCUCCUUGGAGGUAAGAUGGAUGCCGCUGGCAGGGAUGCUGCACUCAUUGUGUAUCAGCGGAAUUUCUGUAUGAUACUUGUGAAUUUCGUUUAUUGCAUUGACCUCAUGAAACAUGUCAUUUUCUGUACCCAAACACCCUCAACCCCCCCCCCCCCCCCUCUCCGUCCCCCAGCUGUUUAUCUGCCAAUACCACAUCUGGCUGGCGGCGGACACCAAGGGCAUCCUGGUACUGAUCCCAGGCAACCCCUCGCUCAACAUAAUCAUCAGCACCUUCAUCUUUGUGUGCGUGGCCCACGAGAUCUCCCUGAUCACCAACGACCUGGCCCAGGUGGCCAUCCCCAAGGAUGGGGGCGCCCUGCUCAGGAGGCUGCUGGCCGCCGGGGUCUUCACCCUGGGCCUGCUGCUGGUGUCCAGGAGCGCUGAAGGGAACCAGGGAGGAAGCCACUGAGGGGGGGAGCGGGUACCACAGUAGGGGAGAGGUAGACUGAGACUGACUGACUGACUGGUUAGUCUUCCAUGUUCAUUUGGCACCAAGCUGAAGAAAACGGUCUGAAAGAUUGAGGAACGUCCUGUUUCAUUCCUCAAUGAAUAUGACGGAGGUGAACAGACAGGUCAAGUCGAGGACAAGGAUAUAUCUCUGCCGUCUGUCUCUCUUGACUGCUCUGAGUACUGGGGUGAAAGUCAUACACUGAAGAGGACGAGGUCCCAACGUGGGCCCACACACCUCACGGAGCAGCACGGAUAAGGUUCUGAUGCUAUACUAGAGACGUUUACAAUAGAAGAAGGGUGAGGCGGGGGUCAUGGGUGGUGGUGUUUACAAUAGAAGAAGGGUGAGGCGGGGGUCAUGGGUGGUGGUGGGUUGGAUGAUGUGUGGUUUUAAACUAGCUUAAAGGGCCUCGUGCUUGCUGUGUGGUUCGUGCAGCGUUUUUGUAUGUGCU